UAAGAAGCAAGCAGGCAGCUCUCAACUGAAGCUCUCUCAUAAGAAACUCCGCUUAUAUUUAAAACAUUUCAUUGGGUUGGCUUUUGAAACUAAUCGCCCUCUGCCUACAUUCAACAGCCGCACCGUAAUAAAAAAAAAAACUCUACUCUCUCGUUUAGGGUUUGCAGUUAGCGGGAGAGAGAGAGAGGUGACUGUUGCAGAAAUGGCUUUCUCUUCUCUUCUCAGAUCUACCGUCACCUGUCCUGCCUCUCGCUCCGAGUUCUCCUCCGAUUCCGAUCGUUAUCAGGUUUCGAGCAUUAGUUUGAAAGCUUCAAAGAGCAUUUUUGGUACUUCACUUCCAACUGCAUCGUCUUCCUUACAGGCAUGCUUUACUAGGAGUUCGCAGCCCAUCAAGGCUACAGCUACUGAAUUGCCCCCAACCAUCCUCAAAUCACGGAGCGAUGGGAAAACAAAGAUCGGAAUUAAUGGUUUUGGUCGCAUUGGAAGAUUGGUUUUACGAAUUGCAACUUCCAGAGAUGAUAUUGAUGUCGUGGCAGUCAAUGAUCCUUUUAUUGAUACCAAGUACAUGGCCUACAUGUUAAAGUAUGAUUCUACUCAUGGUCUUUUCAAGGGGAACAUUGAGGUUGUGGAUGAAUCCACUUUGGAAAUUAACGGGAAACAAAUCAAAGUUUCAAGCAAAAGGGACCCAUCAGAGAUUCCUUGGGGUAAUUUUGGGGCUGAAUACGUGGUUGAAUCUUCAGGAGUUUUCACCACUAUCGAUAAAGCUUUAGCUCACAAAAAGGGUGGUGCGAAGAAAGUAAUCAUAUCAGCUCCUUCAGCCGAUGCACCAAUGUUUGUCAUGGGGGUGAAUGAGAAGACAUACAAGCCAAACAUGGAUAUUGUUUCAAAUGCAAGUUGUACCACUAAUUGUCUUGCUCCUCUUGCCAAGGUGGUUCAUGAGGAAUUUGGUAUUCUUGAAGGUUUGAUGACAACUGUUCAUGCAACCACAGCAACCCAGAAGACCGUAGAUGGUCCAUCAAUGAAGGAUUGGCGUGGGGGCCGUGGAGCUGGACAAAACAUCAUUCCUAGUUCCACUGGUGCAGCAAAGGCUGUUGGGAAAGUUCUUCCGGAUCUCAAUGGAAAACUUACUGGAAUGGCCUUCAGAGUCCCAACACCGAAUGUUUCUGUUGUGGACUUAACUUGUCGACUUGAGAAGAGUGCAUCUUAUGAAGAUGUGAAAGCAGCUGUUAAGUAUGCAUCAGAAGGACCCCUGAAAGGCAUUCUGGGCUAUACUGAUGAGGAUGUUGUUUCUAAUGAUUUCGUUGGUGACUCUAGAUCAAGCAUAUUCGAUGCCAAGGCAGGGAUAGGGUUGAGUACCUCCUUCAUGAAGCUGGUGACUUGGUAUGACAACGAAUGGGGAUACAGCAACCGAGUACUGGACCUGAUAGAGCACAUGGCAUUGGUGGCUGCGCACCAUUAGUGAGGUUUAGUGAUUAGCACACCGAGUUCCAUAAAAAAAAGUCUAGUUACAGAUUUCAUAGGGAUUAUCAGGUUUUGCCUUGAGGGCAAUUUUUUCUCUUCAAAAUAUGCUGUGCAACUUUUAAAAUAAUGUGAGAUUUUGUGGGUAUGAGGCAAUGUCUGUUUAAUACCCCCUCUUUUUGGUAUCCCUGAUUAUGAACAGUUGAAUCUGUUUCCAUCUGUCAUCUGUAGGUUAGCACAACUGGAUUGACUUUAUCACGCAAUGCAAUUCACAAGUCAUAAAGUAUCUAAA